AUGGUGAUCAACGACAGCACCCAUCUAGAUUCGCCCAUGCGAAGUGUUGAGCACGAUAUUUCGACAGCAGACGACUUCGCAUUCUGGGACGACUACUGCAAGCGCUAUAUUGACCCGCUGCUGGACGCCGGGCAGUAUUCGGACCAAGAACGAGAGUCCCAUCGGGACUUCAUUCGCAAAUAUGUCAUCCCUGCGAUAGGACCCCGGCCCGACCCAUCCGUCGUCAAACCGCGGGUGGCGAUUGCUCCCCACGGCGGACCCAGCGACCCGAGCAUCAACUACACCGCCAAGAAGGCUCUGGCCCGCUUCGGAUUCGCAAUUAACGGGCCGCAGUCGUUCACUGCUGAGGACCCUCUCGGUGUGAAAACGUCCUACGAGGCUCUGGCUCGUUUUGCCGAGGACAAGGACGCGGGGGUGGACCUGCGUUGGCUGGACUGUCUUAUGGCCUUGUACCCGAGCCCGAAUGAAAUAAAUGUGGCGGCGGAUUCGUCAUUGUACAAGAACUACAGCAGGCGGGUCGCUUUGGCUGCGGGUGUCGACUUUGAAGGGUCUCGAAGGAACCUCAAGGUCUACCUGAGCCCUUUCAUCAAGCAUGCGAUGACGGGCAAGUCUGAGAACGAAAUCGUCUUCGAUGCGAUCAAGAACCUGGAACCAGGCGGGUCAGCUCUUCGCCCGGCUGUGGAGCUGUUGGAAGACUAUCUGUCCACCCGUACGGGGGACUUUUAUCUCGACAACCAGUUCAUCGGGAUCGAUUGUGCAGACCCCAGUAAGGCUCGCGUCAAGCUCUACAUGGCAACAGACACUGCUCGCUUUGAUUUCAUACGCACAGCAAUGACCCUGAGUGGUAGGCUCAACGACGAAUAUACUAUGAAAGGCAUGGAAAUCCUGAGGGACAUCUGGCACCUGCUUCUUGGCGAACCUGAAGGCAUCGGCGCGGAUUGGAAUAAACCCCGGAACAAAUUGGCUAAUGCACUCCCGGGCAUAUUUGUCUCCUAUGAAAUCAGGGCUGGCGUGGAGCUGCCCGAUAUCAAAGCCUAUGUGCCAAUGUGGCUAUACCACAGGAGCGACCAAGCCGUAGCGGAGAACCUGGACCGGAUAUUCACAAGACUCCGGGACCGCGAUGUAAUGGGAGAGUGGGCUUGGGACAGUGGAAUUGGCGAAGGAUACCCAGAUUUCUUCAACACGACUUUCGGCUCUGGGGGCGUCCCUGGCCCAAGCAUGGUCCAUACGUGGUGCACUUAUUGUUUCACGAAAAGUCGAGGCGUAUACAUGACUUCUUACGUGGCCCAGAACGUUGAAUUUCCUCUACCCUUCUAA